CUCACCACAAAAAUUCGCAUUUUGAAUUGGAUAGCGGUAAAAUCACAGGAUUGAAGGGCCACAGUUCAGCCCCGCCAUUGCCUUCUUCUCUUCUUAUCUGCAGGAAACUCAUUUUUCAUGCUGUCUUGAGAUUUUUACUUGAUUGAAUUUGAGGAGUUUUGCAAUGGGGGAGCAGAGGAGUAGCAGUAGCAGUAGCAGUGGCAACAACCGGUGGAAUUGGGAGGUAUCCGGGUUCGAGCCACGGCGCCCGUCGGAGCAGCGGGAUGACUACCGGAAGACGCCGCUGUCGGGGCGGCGAUACUCGAUGUCGAUUUCAUCGCAUUCCGAGCUGUCCAGGCUCGCCGCGAGCUCCAAGCUCACGCAGUUGAAGGACAAAGUCAAGCUUGUCAGAGAUGAUUACCUGCAGUUAAGACAGGAAGCUAGGGAUCUUCAAGAAUAUUCUAGUGCAAAACUUGAUCGAGUUAGUCAAUACUUAGGUGUACUUGCUGAUAAGACACGUAAGUUAGAUCAGGCUGCCGUAGAAGUAGAAGCUAAAAUAUCUCCACUUCUAUCUGAGAAGAAAAAGUUAUUGAAUGAUUUGUUGACUGCAAAAGGAAACAUAAAGGUGGUUUGUCGUGCAAGACCUCUUUUUGAAAAUGAAGGUUCAUAUGCUGUUGAAUAUCCCAAUGAUUAUACAGUUAGCAUAAAUUCUGGGGAUGGUCCUCUUUCCCAUCCCAAGAGUGUUUUUGAAUUUGACAGAGUUCAUGGGCCUAAUGCUGGACUAGGAAAUGUUUUUGUUGAUAUUCAGCCUUUUGUUCAAUCAGCAUUUGAUGGAUAUAAUGUUUCUGUGUUUGCAUAUGGACAAAGCGGCUCUGGAAAGACAUAUACUAUGGAAGGCUCCAGCCAUGAUCAAGGUUUAUAUGUUCGAUGUAUUGAGGAGCUCUUUACUUUGUCCACCUCAGAUGCAACAUCAGCUUCUCAGUAUAGUUUCUCAGUUUCAGUGUUUGACAUACAUGAUGAAAAGGUGAAUGAUUUGCUUCCGAAAUUUAAGGAUCGGCCAAGUGUCCGUCUUUGGUCAUCGAAUAGCGAUCAAAACCUCACACAAGAUUUCAAGGUUGAUAAAUGGGAUAAUGGUGAAGAAGUGCAGCAGGAAAAAAUUGAGAAUCCAGCAGAAUUCUCCAACGUUCUCCAAUCAGCAUUAUCUAAUGCAGCAAAGUCUAGAGCCUUCCACCGGGUUGUCACUAUACAUAUAUGCAAUAUAAACUUAGCCACAGGUGAGAGCAGAUGCAGCAAGCUUUCUUUAGUUGAUUUGGCUGGAAGUGAUGGUACAAGAACAGAGGCCACCGGUGAACAUGCAACAGAGUUGUUGCAUGUCUCAAGAUCCUUGACAGUUUUAGCUGACGUAUUGGCUUCCUUGUUCGCUAAGAAGGAUAAAAUUCCCUAUGAAAACUCUCUGUUAACCCAAGUUCUUGCAGAUUCACUAGGUGGAACCUCCAAAUCAGUGAUGAUUGUCAACAUCUGCCCGAAUAUGCUCAGCAUGUCUGAGACAAUAUCAUCUCUUAAUUUUUCCUCUAAUGUCCAAAAUGCCAUGAGACAGAAGGAUUUUGCCAGUGAAGCACGUACAGAGUUUCCUGAAAAAGAAGAUGAAAUCAAUGAGCUGAAGCAAGAGAUUACGAAACUAAAACAAGAUUUGAAACAUGCCAAUGACCAAUGCGUUUUGCUUUAUAAUGAAGUUCAGAAAGCCUGGAAGGUUACUUCCACGUUGGAGUCUGAUUUGAAGGCAGACAACACAGUGCUUGCAGAUAAGUUCAAGAUAGAGAAGGAUCAGAAUCAACAACUUCGAAACCAAGUUUCUCAAUUGUUACAGGUGGAGCAAGAGCAGAAGUUGCAGAUUGAAGAAAAAGAUUCAACUAUUGAAAUGCUACAGGCUAAGCUGAAGAAUAUUGAGUCACAAUUGAAUGAAGUUCUUCUCUCCAAAACCACUUUGUCAACGAAUGGCACUGGACUGUCAAGUGAAGAGCAAACAAGCAACAAAUCCCCUGCUGAUGAUGUAGAAUCUGCUGCAGUUACCAAGAAACUUGAGGAUGAGCUCAAAAAACGAGAUGCUCUCAUUGAGAAAUUACAUGAAGAGAAUGAGAAGUUGUUCGACAAGUUAACUGAAAAAGCUUCAGCCGAAUCACCUAAGGUGUCAUCUAAACCUCCUGGGGGCUCAAAUGCCCAGUCUCGUGACUUGGGAAGAAAUGAUAAUUCUCAUGCCAAAGGACGGCCUGGUGAUGUUUCCUUACCCACCCAAGCAGAGAAUGCUGGUGCAUUGGUUAAAUCUGGCACUGGUAUAGUUAAAACUACACCUGCUGGUGAAUAUCUUACAGCAGCACUUAAUGACUUCAAUCCUGAACCAUAUGACAGUCUUGCUGCCAUAUCAGAUGGUGCAAACAAGCUCUUGAUGCUGGUAUUGGCUGCGGUAAUAAAAGCUGGUGCUUCUAGAGAGCAUGAAAUACUUGCUGAAAUUAGAGAGGCUGUAUUUGCUUUUAUCCGUAAAUUGGAGCCCAAAAGGGUCAUGGACACCAUGCUUGUGUCCCGUGUUAGAAUUCUCUACAUACGAUCGUUGCUCGCUCGCUCUCCUGAGCUCCAAUCAAUUAAGGUUCUCCCUGUUGAGCGGUUUCUAGAGAAGCCUGUAAGUGGGCGUAGUAGAAGCUCUAGCCGCAGUAGUAGUCCUGGAAAAUCUCCUGUGCGCCAUGAAUCCAGUGCUAGGACAAAUAUGCUGGUUGAGGAGUUUGUUCCAGGUUUCAGAGUUAAUAUAAAACAAGAAAAGAAGUCAAAGUUGUCGUCUGUGGUCCUGAAGAUACGUGGAAUCGACGAGGAUGUAUGGAGACAACAUGUAACCGGUGGAAAGCUUCGGGAAAUAACUGAGGAAGCAAAAAGUUACGCAGUCGGAAGAAAGGCUUUGGCAGCUCUUUUUGUCCACACUCCAGCCGGUGAGCUCCAGCGCCAAAUCAGAAAUUGGCUUGGUGAGAAUUUUGAUUUCCUGUCUGUUGCUGAUGACACGGUAGCCGGAGCAACUGGACAGAUUGAGCUUCUCUCAACUGCAAUUAUGGAUGGUUGGAUGGCGGGUCUUGGCGCUGCCCAACCUCCCAGCACUGAUGCCCUCGGUCAGCUUUUGUCCGAAUAUGCAAGACGUCUCUAUGCUUCUCAGCUGCAACACUUAAAAGACAUUGUAGGCACUUUGGCUACUGAAUCGGCAGAAGACGCUGCACAGGUGGCGAAGCUCCGCUCUGCUCUCGAGUCUGUUGAUCACAAGAGACGGAAGAUUUUGCAGCAGAUGAAAAGCGAUGCAUCAUUGUUCAGUUUGGACGAAGGCGCUGCACCGAUUGGAAAUCCCAACACCGCUGCUGAGGAUGCACGACUGGCGUCAUUAAUUUCACUUGAUGGCAUAUUGAAGCAAGCUAAGGAUAUAACAAGACAAGCAUCAGCUGGUGUUCUAAGUAAGAGUAAAAAACGCUCGUUGCUUUCCUCUCUUGAUGAACUCUCCGAGCGGAUGCCUUCAUUACUGGAUGUCGACCAUCCUUGUGCUCAGCGACACAUUGGUGAAGCUCGACAACUUGUUGAGUCGACUACAGAAGAGGAUGACAAGCACGUCGACUCGGCGGCGCCAUCCAAAGACACAACUCAGCAGCAGCUGCAGCCGCAGGACGUGUCGCAAUGGAACGUCCUACAGUUCAACACGGGGUCGACAACUCCAUUCAUCAUCAAGUGCGGGGCGAGCUCAAAUUCGGAACUUGUAAUAAAAGCAGACGCGCGCGUGCAAGAGCCAAAGGGCGGGGAGAUUGUCCGGGUGGUUCCAAAGCCAACAGUCCUCGAAAACAUGACGCUUGAAGAGAUUAAGGAUAAGGUAUUCUCGCAGCUUCCGGAAGCUCUCAGUUUGCUCGCUCUUGCUCGGACAGCUGACGGGACCCGCGCUCGUUACUCGAGAUUGUACCGUACGCUGGCCUUGAAAGUUCCCGCGCUCAAAGAUGGAUUUGUCGAACAAGUUUGAACGGAGGAGGAUGUGUUUCGAUCCAAUUCGAUCAAAAUGAUCUCCAGUCUUACUGGUUGCUUUGUAAGAAAAUUUGUUCUAUUUUAUACGUGUUUUUUUUUUUUUUUUUUUUUUUCUGAGAACAUAGGAUAGGAUGGAAUUGAGUAUACAAUGUAAUACACAAUACAUAUUGGUAUUGUUUAUUAUUAAUGUUCAAUGUUAAAAGUAA